UCUCCUUAUUAAAACGCAUAUUCUGAAGCAGAGAGCCUAAUUUAAUGGUGAUGCAGGAAAUCUGGCAAAUCACUCAAAGCAUGGCUUCCUUCCAGAGAUCAUUAGGUUGGAAGUCUUGGCUUUGUGAAGGAAAGUUUGAUUUUGGGUCUCUUUGCAUUCAGAGAUUUAUAAUAGAUGGUUUAAAUGUUCUGUUUCUCUUUCUUUUCUAUAUGCUUUUGAUUCUUGGUUCUGUCAGAAAGAGUUAUAGUAAUGGAGAUACACGAAAGCAUUGGAUUUUUAUAUUUGUUUCAGUCUACUGUGCUGUUAUUAGUUUUACAUAUAUAAUUUCCGGUGUGUGGGAUAUAUUGGACAGAAAUGAUGAAUCUAGGAAUUUGAGAUGGGUAGUUGAUUUUAUUACCGCACUGGUUUGGAUAUCUUUAUCAGUUUCCUUGAUCGUUCGGAGGAUCAGAUGGGUGAGAGUUGUAGUUAUAGUCUGGUGGGUCUCCUUCUCAGUACUGGCUUCUGUACUGAAUGGGGAAGUGUUGUUAAAAAUGCAAGGCAUUCAUAUAAUAGACAUAGUUUCAUGGCCUGCCAAGCUUAUGCUUCUCCUUUGUGCUUGGAAACACUUCAGUCAGUCUGCUUCUAAGAACAGGCCAGACCAGAGUUUGUCUGAACCUCUAGUUGGAAAAUCUGAGGCACAUAGAACAGAUUUAUGCCGAGCCAGUUUCAUUAGCCGUUUAACGUUUUCUUGGCUUCACCCUCUGCUGAGUUUGGGUUACUCAAAACCAUUAGGCCUUGAUGAUGUCCCAGAUUUAACUUCCGAAGAUGAAGCCAUCUUACAAUAUAAAAAAUUUAAUAAUGCAUGGGGUUGUCUUAGGGGAGAUAAGAGCUCAACAAAUACUCACAACUUAGUAAUACAGGCCUUGGCUAAAGUUUACAUGAAAGAGAUGAUAAUUGAAGGAGUCUAUGCCAUUCUUAGGACAUUCGCUGUCGUGGUUCUUCCAUUGUUACUCUAUGCCUUUGUACAGUAUUCAACACAAAAGAGGGAAAAUAAAAUUGAUGGUGUCUUCCUAGUUGGUUACUUGGUGAUCAUCAAGGUCACAGAGUCUUUGUCCCAGAGACAUUGUUUUUUCAAUUCCAGGAGGAGCGGUAUGCGGAUGAGAUCUGCUUUGAUGGUUGCUGUUUACCAAAAGCAGCUCAAGCUCUCUAGUCAAGGUAGGAGAAGACACACAACAGGGGAGAUUGUGAACUACAUUGCAGUUGAUGCUUAUCGCAUGGGUGAAUUCCCUUGGUGGUUUCACUUGGGAUGGAGUCUUACAGUGCAAUUGUUCCUUGGCGUCGGUGUACUUUUUUUGACUGUGGGUGUGGGGGUUCUUCCUGGUUUGGUUCCCCUCCUAAUCUGUUCCUUUCUAAAUGUCCCCAUUGCAAAGUUCAUUCAGAAUUGUCAAACUCGAUUUAUGGUUGCCCAAGAUGAACGACUCAGAGCAACUUCUGAGGUCCUAAACAAUAUGAAAAUAAUCAAAUUACAGUCAUGGGAAGAGAAAUUCAAGAACAUGAUUGAGUCCUUCCGUUUGAAGGAAUUCGAAUGGCUAACUGAGUUGCAGGUAAAGAAGGCCUAUGGCACUGCGUUAUACUGGAUGUCUCCUACGAUCGUUUCUUCAGUGAUAUUCAUGGGAUGUGCUGUUUGGAGAAGUGCCCCAUUGAAUGCCAGCACCAUUUUCACAAUCCUUGCUGCACUAAGGAUGGUGGCAGAACCUGUGAGAACAAUUCCUGAUGCUCUGUCUAUGUUGAUUCAGGUGAAGGUAUCUUUGGACCGCCUUAAUGUGUUUUUGCUGGAAGAUGAGCUCAGUGAUGAGCAUGUGCAGAGGAGGCAACCACAAGAUUCAGAGAAAAUAAUUAGAAUUCAUGCUGGUGCUUUCAGUUGGGAUACAUACACAACUGCCACUACUCUAAGGCGGAUAGAUUUUGAAGUAAGAAGGGGGGAAAAAGUUGCAGUUUGUGGGCCUGUUGGAGCUGGGAAAUCAUCCCUCUUGUAUGCUGUACUAGGGGAAAUACCCAAAAUCUCAGGAACUGUUGAUGUAUUUGGUUCUGUUGCAUAUGUUUCUCAAACAUCUUGGAUUCAGAGUGGUACAAUUCGUGACAAUAUUCUCUUUGGAAAGCCAAUGGAAAAUACAAGAUAUAGUAAGGCUAUUAAAGCAUGUGCACUCGAUAAAGAUAUCGACAGUUUUGACCAUGGCGACCUCACAGAAAUUGGGCAGAGAGGGCUCAACAUGAGUGGAGGACAAAAACAGAGGAUACAACUUGCUAGAGCAGUCUACAAUGAUGCAGAUAUCUAUCUUCUAGAUGACCCUUUUAGUGCUGUAGAUGCUCACACAGCUUCCAUUCUAUUCAAUGACUGUGUUAUGGGUGCUCUGGCAAAGAAAACUGUUAUUCUAGUUACUCAUCAAGUGGAGUUUCUCACUGCAGCAGAUACGAUUCUGGUUAUGGAAGGUGGAGAAAUCAUUCAAAUGGGAAGUUACAAGGACCUCUUGACAGCAGGCACAGCAUUUGAACAGCUUGUGAAUGCUCAUAAAGAUGCAAUGACAGUAUUAGAUCCUGAAAUUAAUGGACAUGGGGGUGAAUAUGAAGUAAAUAGAAUGAAUGGGUCUACGGGAUCCUACCCCACGAAACAGAACAGCGAGAGGGAGAUUUCGGUGAAGCCGCAGGCUGGGAUCCAGCUGACAGAAGAGGAAGCAAAGGAGAUUGGUGAUGCUGGUUGGAAGCCAUACUUGGAUUACCUAAGUAUCUCAAAAGGAUCAAUUUAUUUGGGUUUAACUACAUUUUCUCAGUCUUCUUUUGUUGCUCUCCAGCUUGCUGCAACCUAUUGGCUUGCUGUAGCUAUUCAGAUUCCUCAAAUCGGCAGUGGCGUCUUAAUUGGAACCUAUGCAGGAAUUUCAGCCAUUAGUACAGUGUUUGCAUUUCUAAGGUCCUGGUUUGCAGCCCGUCUAGGAUUGAAGGCUUCAAAAGCUUUCUUUUCAGGUUUCACCAAUUCAGUAUUCAAGGCUCCCAUGCUCUUCUUUGAUUCAACCCCUAUUGGUAGGAUCUUAACACGGGCAUCAUCAGAUUUAAGUGUGUUGGAUUUCGACAUCCCUUUCUCCAUGAGCUAUGUGAUAGCAGGUUUCAUUGAAGUAUUAACAACCAUAGGAGUAGCAGCCUCAGUCACAUGGCAAAUUAUCUUCGUAGCCAUGCUUGCUAUGAUAGCUACAAUUUAUGUUCAGAGAUACUAUCUAGCCUCUGCAAGGGAGCUGGUAAGAAUUAAUGGAACAACCAAAGCGCCUGUUAUGAACUAUGCAGCGGAGACGUCACUUGGAGUGGUCACAAUAAGAGCUUUUGACAUGAUGGACAAGUUCUUCCAGAAUUACCUAAAGCUCAUUGACAUGGAUGCAAAACUUUUAUUUCAUUCUAAUGCUGCCAUGGAAUGGUUAGUCAUAAGAAUAGAAGUUCUCCAGAAUUUGACCCUCUUCUCCAUUGCUCUUUUCCUUGUUUUGCUUCCACAGGGUGCUGUUACUCCAGGAUUUGUUGGGCUAUCUCUUUCUUAUGCUCUCACACUGACCAAUACCCAAGUGUUUACAUCUAGAUGGUACAGCAGUUUAGCCAACUAUAUUGUAUCUGUGGAACGGAUAAAACAAUUCAUGAACAUACCAUCAGAACCUCCCGCAAUCGUGGAUGACAAAAGGCCACCAUCCUCAUGGCCCUCCUUGGGAAGAAUAGACUUGCUUGAUUUGAAGAUAAAAUAUCGCCCGAAUGCUCCACUUGUUCUCAAAGGAAUCAGUUGUACUUUCAAAGAAGGAACUAGAGUAGGAGUUGUUGGAAGAACUGGCAGUGGCAAGACUACAUUGAUAAGUGCUUUGUUCCGUCUUGUAGAACCUGUGAGCGGGAGAAUUCUUAUAGACGGAUUGGACAUUUGCUCUAUUGGACUGAAGGACCUGAGAUUGAAACUCAGCAUCAUCCCACAAGAACCAGCUCUUUUUAAGGGUAGCAUUCGAACUAACUUGGAUCCUCUAGGCCUCUAUUCUGACAAUGAGAUUUGGGAGGCUAUAGAGAAGUGCCAAUUGAAGAGUACAGUUCUUAGUCUUCCAAAUCUCUUAGACUCAUCAGUGAGUGAUGAAGGUGAAAAUUGGAGUGCUGGGCAACGCCAGCUUUUCUGCCUGGGUCGAGUCCUUCUGAAAAGAAAUAGAAUUCUAGUUUUAGAUGAAGCAACUGCAUCAAUUGAUUCGGCAACAGAUGCUGUCCUACAAAGAGUCAUCAGGCAGGAAUUCUCAAGAUGCACUGUGGUAACUGUGGCUCACAGAGUUCCCACAGUUAUAGAUAGUGACAUGGUCAUGGUCCUCUCUUAUGGGAAACUGGUGGAAUUUGAUGAACCUUCAAAACUCUUGGAAGUCAACUCUUACUUUUCUAAGCUGGUAGCAGAAUACUGGUCCAGCUGCCAGGGGAAUUCUAUGAAAAGCCUCAGCAACAAACAAUGAAAGAGAAAAUGAAAAAGAUGAUGACAAUUUCCAAUGAGAUAUCGACAAAUUGCAUACUCUGUUCUGUAACAGGGAAAUAUAAAUAGCUAUCAAAAAAUAAAUGAGUUAAAAUCCCAAGUAGGAAAUGAGGAAUGAGAUAUGUAGUCUGUUCUUCCCAUAAGUCUGACUAAGAAGGGCAUAGUAUCAGCAUUCCCAAUGAAAUUAACAUGAUUAAGAGAAGCAUCAA